GUCACCACACUCUCGCCGGAGGAUAAAUAAUAAUCACCAAAAAAACAUGUCACGCGUCUCCGUCACUGUCACCGUCGCCGUUUCUUUUCUCGCCCUCUUCAUCUCUCUAGUCACCGUUUCUUGUGACGUCAUCAAACUGCCUUCUCAAGCUUCUAAAUUCUUCCGUACGACUAAACACAACGAUGAUGGUGAUUCUUCGGCCGGUACGAAGUGGGCUGUUCUCGUCGCCGGAUCUAGCGGAUAUUGGAAUUAUAGGCAUCAGGCAGAUGUUUGUCAUGCUUAUCAGCUUUUGAGGAAAGGUGGACUGAAAGAGGAGAAUAUCAUAGUUUUUAUGUACGAUGAUAUUGCAAAAAACAAAGAGAACCCAAGGCCUGGAAUCAUUAUUAACAGUCCUAAUGGAAAUGAUGUCUAUAAUGGAGUUCCCAAGGAUUACACUGGAGAUGAUGUUAACGUUGAUAAUUUGUUUGCUGUGAUCCUUGCAAACAAAACGGCUCUUAAAGGUGGAAGUGGAAAGGUUGUAGAUAGUGGUCCAGACGAUCAUAUCUUCAUAUACUAUAGCGAUCACGGUGGCCCGGGAGUGCUCGGAAUGCCGACUUCUCCUCACCUAUAUGCUAACGAUCUCAUCGAUAUCUUGAAGAAAAAACAUGCUUCCGGAACCUAUAAGAGCUUGGUGUUUUAUUUAGAGGCUUGUGAAUCUGGAAGUAUUUUCGAAGGCCUUUUACCAGAAGGUUUAAACAUUUAUGCAACAACCGCGUCAAACGCAGAAGAAAGUAGCUGGGGUACUUAUUGUCCUGGAGAUGAUUCUAGUCCACCCAAAGAGUAUGAGACUUGUUUGGGUGACUUAUACAGUGUUUCUUGGAUGGAAGAUAGUGAUCAACACAAUUUACAAACAGAGAGUUUGCACCAACAAUAUGAACUAGUGAAAAAGAGGACUGCAGGCUCUAAUACCUCUUAUGGUUCCCAUGUGAUGGAGUUUGGGGAUAUAGGACUUAGCAAGGAGAUGCUCGUCCUUUACAUGGGAACAAACCCAGACAAUGAAAACUACACCUUUGUAGAUAAGAAUUCACUACGACCACCUUCAAGAGUUACAAACCAGCGUGACGCAGAUCUUGUCCAUUUUUGGGAUAAGUAUCAAAAGGCACCGGAAGGUUCUGCAAGAAAAGCUGAAGCGCAGAAGCAAGUACUCGAAGCAAUGUCACACAGACUUCACAUCGACAAUAGCUUUCUAAUGAUUGGGAAGCUCUUGUUUGGCAUUUCAGAAGGUCCUUUAGUGCUAAAUAAAGUCCGGCCUUCUGGAAAACCGCUUGUCGACGAUUGGGACUGUCUUAAAACACUGGUGAGAGCUUAUGAGAGGCACUGUGGAUCAUUGUCUCAGUACGGAAUCAAGCACAUGAGGUCCAUUGCAAACAUAUGCAACGCAGGGAUUCAGGUGGAACAGAUGGAGGAGGCAGCAAUGCAGGCUUGUCCCACUAUCCCGGCCGGUCCUUGGAGCUCUCUUCAUCGCGGAUUCAGUGCUUGAUCCUCUUCUCCACUCGCAAUAUUUUUUUUACAUCAAUGCACCAAUCAAAUCUCCAUUUAUGAUGAUAAUAACAACUCGUGUAUAUAUCUUAAUACCAGCCUCUACUUCCAGAUAGCAUCCUUCUUAUGUACACAAGUUAUUGUAAAUAUGAUGUGCUUUAUGUUCUUGGUAUCAAUCUCAAAAGAAAAGAAACAGUUAUUGUAAGUAGUUUACUUGGACAAUCUUAAUAAACUCGGGAUAUUUGCAGUGA